CAGUCCUUCCGACAAUGGCAUUGUACUCGUUCUCAAUGUCCAUAACUUUGAACGUUUCCAUGAUGAGUUUCGAAGCAUUACCCGAAUCGCCAAAUCUGACGGGAAGGUUAAUUUCGUCGAUAGAUCGGGAGAUACUGCCAUUAAAUCCUUGAAUCUGGUCACUGCAUGGCUUGAUGUCAGCAGGGUCCAGACCCAUUUUAUUAAAAGCUUUCACCAUCAGGAUGCUAGAAUAGGCCCCGGUAUCAACCAUGACCCGAUGAACCGGGAUCCCACAUAUAGGAACAGUUAUCACCAGGGCAUCGGAAUGAGGAUGGACAAAAUGAUUAGCGUCUUCGAUGGCGACCCCCGUAUCGUUGAUGAAUGGAUUCAGGGGUUGGAGUUCAUCUUUAAGGUUAUGGAAUGCCCUGAUAGGUAUCGCGUAGUUUGCGCUCAGCUUCAGCUCACUGGCGACGCGAGGCUCUGGUGGAACGCCUACUGGAGCAUGCGUCCUGGUGAAAAGGCGGGUUGUACGUGGGACAUGUUCAAGGAUCUAGUCUGUGACAAGUACUACCCUUCUUACUAUCGCGCAGAGAUGGAGCGUCAGUUCUUAGCGCUUCAGCAGGGCACUCGUACUGUCGAUGAGUACGAGCGUGAGUUCACCAGACUUGCAGGUUUCGCACCGGAUCUUGUUCGCACGGAGGCCCAAAGAGCUCAGCGGUUCAUUGACGGACUUUACCCAGCAGUCCGUCAUAACAUU